UGUGUCUGUUCUGUAGGAAGGUGAUGAGGAGGAUGUGUCUGUCCUGUAGGAAGGUGAUGAGGAGGAUGUGUCUGUCCUGGAGGAAGGUGAUGAGGAGGAUGUGUCUGUCCUGUAGGAAGGUGAUGAGGAGGAUGUGUCUGUAGGAAGGUGAUGAGGAGGAUGUGUCUGUCCUGUAGGAAGGUGAUGAGUAGGAUGUGUCUGUCCUGGAGGAAGGUGAUGAGGAGGAUGUGUCUGUCCUGUAGGAAGGUGAUGAGGAGGAUGUGUCUGUUCUGUAGGAAGGUGAUGAGGAGGAUGUGUCUGUCCUGUAGGAAGGUGAUGAGGAGGAUGUGUCUGUCCUGUAGGAAGGUGAUGAGGAGGAUGUGUCUGUUCUGUAGGAAGGUGAUGAGGAGGAUGUGUCUGUCCUGGAGGAAGGUGAUGAGGAGGAUGUGUCUGUCCUGGAGGAAGGUGAUGAGGAGGAUGUGUCUGUCCUGGAGGAAGGUGAUGAGGAGGAUGUGUCUGUUCUGUAGGAAGGUGAUGAGGAGGAUGUGUCUGUCCUGUAGGAAGGUGAUGAGGAGGAUGUGUCUGUUCUGUAGGAAGGUGAUGAGGAGGAUGUGUCUGUUCUGUAGGAAGGUGAUGAGGAGGAUGUGUCUGUUCUGGAGGAAGGUGAUGAGGAGGAUGUGUCUGUCCUGUAGGAAGGUGAUGAGGAGGAUGUGUCUGUCCUGGAGGAAGGUGAUGAGGAGGAUGUGUCUGUAGGAAGGUGAUGAGG